AGGUAGCAUGAGUGGGUGACAAGAUCACCAUAAUAUAACAGAUAAUUUCUUUAACAAUGAACAUUGAAUAUCUAAUUGUUAAGCAUUUUCAAAGGAAUUCUGUGAAAAGGAGGGUUGUAAAGGUUUAUGGCAGUUUCAGAUAUAACGACUUUACCUAUUCAAAAUUCAAGGAAUGAAUGAAUGAAGUUUAUUAUACCCAAUGGAAUCUCACAGUAAUACCUACCUUAAGUGAAGAUAAAAGCGUAGGUAUUCUCAAUUUCAAGGAGUGUUAAGACGUGGAAGAGGUAUAUAUACAAAGAGAUAAUUUAGAGUGAAAAAUAUAAGGUGGUGGGGACUCCUAACAACCAAUGACAAUAAAGUAGGCGGUCUCUCCCAACCUCCGGAGCCGUUAGCGCCCUACAUUUACUUGAAACUCCGGUGUUCUAUCAGUAUUCAUUGUGAGUUCACCCAGCGAACAUCGUCUAAUAAUAUAUAAUCGCUAAUAGUUUGUUUUGAGAGUUAGCAAUCAUGUCGCCAGUCAUGCCAACCAUGUACAACUAUCCAGGUGUCGAUUACACUCCGCAGCAGAACCAAACGACGCCGACGCCCAGCGAGGCGCACAUCAAGAGACCCAUGAACGCCUUCAUGGUCUGGUCGAGGAUCCAACGCCGCAAAAUCGCGCUGGAAAACCCGAAGAUGCACAAUUCCGAAAUUUCGAAACGUCUCGGCGCCGAGUGGAAACUGCUGUCCGAGCUGGAAAAGCGUCCUUUCAUCGAUGAGGCGAAGCGUCUACGAGCUCUGCACAUGAAGGAGCAUCCUGAUUACAAGUACCGGCCCAGGAGGAAGCCCAAGGGACCUUUACCGACAGCACUCAAACCCGGUAUGCCUUUUUCCAAUAUGCAACUGGGAUAUUUCCCUCCGAUGGAGUCGUUAUCUGCACCAUAUCCUUACUUCAACCCAACUUUCGACAUGAGGAUGGGACUCAGCCCAGCAGAAAAAGCUCCAGUUCCUCACCAACCAGCCGUAGUGACUUCUCUACAUUCCUCCUUCUAUCCAUCGCUGUACCAGACGCAGAAAUCCUUCCCGUCGCAUCAACUUGGUAUGUACUCAUCCAUGGCCCCAUCGUCCAUGCUUUACACCACAUCUUCAAGUUCUCCGAGUCCAGUUGGGCCUGAAAUGGACCUUAGAAGACCGAUAGUGCCUGUGAUAUACUAAUUAGUGACAUACUUAGUAAUUUGUUAUGUUGUGUUGCAUCCCCAUGAAACGGAUCAUCGGAAAUGUUUUAUGGUUAUUAGAUAACUGUAGUGAUUUGGGGUCGAAAUCAGAUUUUCUGAUUAUGUUAAAUUUUGUGAUAAUUUGAUCGGCUCAGAAUUAAAUGAAAAGACUGUAUAUAUUAGUACUGUAACAGAUGGGAGAAAUUUCAUAGACCUAACCCAGUGAGAAAUAUCAAUUUCUUCUAUCUGUUUCAAACUGUUCCCUCAUUAUCCUACGUUUUAUAUCACUGUAUAUAUUGUAAUUAUGUACAUACGACAAUUCUGUUGUUAAUGAUUUUAUUUAUUGUUUAAAGUUGUCCUAAACCUAAUAAAAAUAUGUAAGAUAA